CAGCAGUUGGGGGUUGAUGCAGUCUGAGCCCAGGGCACGGGUGCUGCCCAGGCUGGGUCACUGUCGCUAAAGCAGAGGAGUGCUUUUCCUGGGCCCGCGGGGCAGCUGUCGCAUGCUCUGCUGAACACGAUGAGAAAACCAAGACUCAGAGGGGAGAAGCAGCUGCCCCUGGCGGCACGGCUGGGAGGUGGCCGGGCCUGGAUUGCGGUGGUCCCAUCUGGCCACAGGACCCUCGUGGAACCCACAGAGACCUCAGGCCUCGGUCCCUCUGUCGCCUUUCUGAGCUGGAGCAGGGAGACGGCGGGGGUGGCCUCUGGCUGGAAGGAAGUAGGAUUUUAUAGGUCACACUGCUCGCCUCAGGACAAGGGAAAGAUGAGGUGUUGCGGCAAGGAAUAGUGACUUGAUUCAGAGAGCCAGCAGACUAUGAAGAUGGCCCACUGUUGUCCCAAAGACCCAUCUUAUCCGAGUUAGAACUCAGAGUUUUACACUGAAAGGGGAGGGGGUGUGGCUGGUCGUUGCAAACUUCUUGGUGCCAAAUCCUUUGUUCUCUCAGCUGUCUGCGUUGGUCUGGUCACCACGUUCCUAUAAACCUCCAACAAGACCAGUGUUACUUUCUGUCCUGCACCAUUUUCUGUCUCUAUGGAUGGAGAAGUGUUGCACCUUUAAAGGUCUAGCCUGGAGGCAGAGCCUUGAGAAAGGGCAUUGUGUGUAUUUCAGGCUCUAGGCGACAUUCUUUGACAAAGGUGCAGAGCCAGCAGGACCGAGCCCAGACGACAGAGCCGAGUCAUAGAGUCAGGACAGAGUCAGGCCUGUUCUCUGUUACAGGAUGGCCGGGGUACAUCUGUGCGCGCGCGCGCGCGUGUAUGCUGGUCCAUCUGUCUGUCUAUGCAGGUAUCCUCAGAAAACCAUCAGUUGUGAAACUAAAACCAGGUACGAGGCUCCAUGAAUGCGUAUGUGAGAGCACCUCACCUCCUCUGUACCAGGCCAGCAACGUCAGGUGCCAUGUUUCUGCAACUCCUCCUGCUGCUGACCCCGCUGGGCCCUGGGCGCAGCCUCCAGCUAAUCACCCACGCACAGAUCGCGUGGGACGACGACGAGUCUGACUAUUAUUCAUAUGGCACAGACAUUCCAGGAAUGCUUGAAAACAGCACUGAGGACCCAUCCCUGAGCCUCAAGCUUCUGAAUGUGACGGGAACAUCAGGACAGAGAGAUUUUGCAGGGCCUGAAACAUCUGAGUCUGCCACUCUGGGGGUGGCCACAAGGGACUCUGGUGUCCUGUAUGCACGUGGGGCAGCCACUGGGAUUCUGAGCACAGAACUGGCCACGCAGGGAAUUCUCAUCACACUGGGCCCUCAUCACACAGAACCCCUCACUGUAACCCCUCCCAUCACAGAGGGUCCAUCCACAGAAGGAGUGCCAUCCACAGAGUUGGCCACAGUGCAGGCCCUGUCCACAGGGCCUGCAGGCACAUUGGCACCAACCACAGAACCUGCAGCCACUGAGGCUCUGUCCAUGGGGCUGGCAAGUACGGUGGCCCUGACCACAGAACCUGCAGCCACUGAGGCUCUGUCCACGGGGCUGGCAAGUACGGUGGCCCUGACCACAGAACCUGCAGCCACUGAGGCUCUGACCACAGGGCCGGCAAGUACGAUGACACCGACCACAGAACCUGCAGCCACUGAGGCUCUGACCACAGGGCUGGCAAGUACAGUGGCACCGACCACAGAACCUGCAGCCACCGAGGCUCUGUCCACGGGGCCGGCAAGUACAGUGGCACUGACCACAGAACCUGCAGCCACCGAGGCUCUGUCCACGGGGCCGGCAAGUACGAUGACACUGACCACAGAACCUGCAGCCACCGAGGCUCUGUCCACGGGGCCGGCAAGUACGAUGACACCGACCACAGAACCUGCAGCCACGGAGGCCCAGUCCACGGAGGCCCUGUCCACAGAAUCCACUUCCACUGAGGCCCUGACCACAGAACACAUAGUCGUAAAGUCUCUGUCCAGAGCACCAACUGUGAGCCCCAGUCCCACAGAGGGCCUGCUGGACCACAACCCAGUGAAGCAGUGCCUGCUGGCCAUCCUCAUCCUGGCCCUGGUGGCCACCAUCUUCCUCGUGUGCACCGUGGUGCUGGCCAUCCGCCUCUCCCGCAAGAACCACACAUACCCUGUGCGCAACUACUCCCCUACCGAGAUGGUCUGCAUCUCGUCCCUGCUGCCUGAGGGGGCCGAGGGGCCCACUGCCACGGCCAAUGGGGGCCUGUCCAAGGCCAAGAGCCAGGACCUGAAGGCGGAGACUGGGGAGGACCGCGAGGGGGAUGACCUCACCCUCCGCAGCUUCCUCCCUUAGCCGCCUGGGCUCCAUGUUCCCCUCCUACCCCAAUCCCCCUGGAGGUGGGGAUCUUUAGGACAGGAACCCUGGCCGCCCUCCACAGGCCUGAGAGCAGCCGAAGUCCAGGAAUCCAAGUGAGACUGGCAAACAGAACCUCCAGUGGAGAGUGGAGAUGCCCCUCCACCUCUCUGUCUCCUGUCUGUUCUGGAAUCCCUCUGAUGGCCUCCUUCCGAUGGCCUCCCACCCCUGUCCUCCCCCUCCCCCAACCCAGGAAGACUCAGAGUUCCCUGCCCCCACCCCCACCACCAUUCUCUUUUGGUUGCCAUGAUCACCCCCCAGGAAGGGGGCAUUUUGGGGAGGAGAGCUUCCAUCUGGUGCCAGAGUUACCCCCAUCCUGCCCUCCCUCGACUUCCCCUAUGGCCACGUUUCAGGAUGGCAUCUAUCUUUCAUGGACAUCUCCCCCCGCCCAGCGCCGGGGCCGGGAACAGCAUAGAUCCUCAAUAAAUGUUCGGUGCACGGAUAA